GAAUCUUCUUUAUGUCUAUCCUCAGAGCCUUAACUUUGCCAACCGCCAAGGAUCUGCCAGGAAUAUCACUGUAAAAGUGCAGUUCAUGUAUGGAGAGGAUCCAAGCAACGCUAUGCCGGUCAUCUUUGGCAAAUCUAGCUGUCCUGAAUUUUCCAAAGAAGCAUACACAGCUGUAGUGUAUCACAACAGGUCGCCUGAUUUUCAUGAGGAAAUCAAGAUUAAGCUUCCAGCCACUUUAACGGAUCAUCACCACCUGCUUUUCACAUUCUACCAUGUCAGUUGCCAGCAAAAACAAAACACUCCCCUGGAAACUCCGGUUGGAUACACUUGGAUACCAAUGCUUCAAAAUGGACGGUUAAAGACGGGUCAGUUCUGCCUACCUGUUUCACUGGAAAAACCACCACAGGCGUAUUCGGUGCUUUCUCCAGAGGUGCCACUUCCUGGAAUGAAGUGGGUAGACAAUCACAAAGGUGUUUUCAGUGUAGAAGUUGUUGCUGUAUCCUCCCUCCAUACUCAGGACCCUUAUCUUGACAAGUUCUUUGCACUUGUCCAUGCUCUGGAUGAGCACAUGUUCCCUGUGCGAAUAGGGGACAUGAGAAUUAUGGAAAACAACUUGGAAAAUGAACUGAAGAGCAGCAUUUCAGCUUUAAAUUCCUCUCAACUGGAGCCGGUAGUGCGAUUUCUUCAUCUCCUGCUUGACAAACUGAUUCUUCUGGUAGUAAGACCUCCUGUCAUUGCAGGCCAAAUAGUUAACCUGGGCCAAGCAUCUUUUGAAGCAAUGGCAUCAAUUAUAAACAGACUUCACAAAAACUUGGAUGGGAACCAGGACCAGCACGGCAGGAACAGCCUUCUUGCUUCCUAUAUUUAUUACGUUUUUCGCCUACCAAAUACCUACCCGAAUUCACCAUCACCAGGUCCUGGUGGCCUAGGGGGAUCAGUGCAUUAUGCCACCAUGGCUCGAUCUGCUGUCCGGCCGGCGAGUCUUAACCUGACCCGCUCACGCAGCCUCAGCAACAGCAACCCCGAUAUAUCCGGGACCCCCACGUCGCCAGACGAUGAAGUUCGCUCCAUCAUUGGCAGUAAGGGUUUAGACCGCUCCAAUUCCUGGGUAAACACUGGUGGUCCAAAAGCAGCCCCAUGGGGAUCCAACCCCAGCCCAAGUGCAGAGUCAACGCAGGCUACGGAUCGAAGUUGUAAUCGUAUGUCUUCGCACACUGAGACGUCAAGUUUCUUACAAACAUUAACAGGACGAUUACCAACUAAAAAGCUUUUCCAUGAAGAGCUGGCCUUACAGUGGGUCGUUUGCAGUGGGAGCGUGCGGGAGGCAGCCCUACAGCAGGCCUGGUUCUUCUUUGAACUGAUGGUGAAGAGCAUGGUGCAUCAUUUAUAUUUUGCUGACAAACUGGAUGCGCCAAGAAAGAAUCGUUUUCCUGAGCGUUUCAUGGAUGAUGUAACUGCUUUGGUCAGCACAAUUGCUGGUGAUAUAGUCUCUCGGUUUCAGAAGGACACAGAAAUGGUUGAAAGGCUCAACACCAGUCUUGCAUUUUUCCUCAAUGAUCUCUUGUCUAUCAUGGACAGAGGGUUUGUCUUUGUCCUUAUUAAGACCUGCUACAAACAGGUGUCUUCAAAGCUGUAUUCCUUAACAAACCCAAGUAACCUGGCGUCUCUGAGGCUGGACUUCCUUCGCAUCAUCUGCAGCCACGAGCACUAUGUCACCUUGAAUUUGCCUUGCAGCUUGCUCACACCACCUGCAUCUCCGUCACCAUCUGUGUCUUCAGCAACUUCCCAGAGUUCUGGGUUCUCUACAAAUGUCCAAGACCAGAAGAUUGCAAAUAUGUUUGAAUUGUCUGUGCCUUUCCGCCAACAGCAUUACUUGGCUGGGCUUGUGUUAACAGAACUGGCUGUCAUUUUAGAUCCUGAUGCAGAAGGUUUAUUUGGAUUGCAUAAGAAGGUCAUCAAUAUGGUACACAAUUUACUGUCCAGUCACGACUCGGAUCCUCGGUACUCUGACCCGCAGGUAAAGGCCCGGGUGGCUAUGCUGUAUCUACCUCUGAUUGGCGUGAUCAUGGAAACCGUGCCUCAGCUCUAUGACUUUACAGAGAGUCACAAUCAGCGAGGGAGGCCGAGCUGUGUCGCUGCAGAGGAUUAUGAAAGCGAGGGUGGAAGUAUGAUAAGCCAGACAGUUGCCAUGGCCAUUGCAGGAACAUCAGUCCCUCAGCUCACCCGGCCCAGCAGUUUUCUACUCGCCUCAUCGAGCGGAAGGCAGCACUCCACCUUCUCAACAGAGUCCAGCCGUAGCCUCUUGAUCUGCCUCUUGUGGGUGCUCAAAAAUGCAGAUGAAAGUGUCCUGCAGAAAUGGUUCACAGACCUGUCAGUCCUGCAGCUGAAUCGCCUGCUGGAUCUGCUUUAUCUCUGUGUGUCCUGCUUUGAGUACAAGGGCAAGAAAGUGUUUGAAAGAAUGAACAGUCUGACAUUCAAGAAGUCAAAGGACAUGAGAGCCAAACUUGAAGAAGCUAUUCUGGGAAGCAUAGGAGCAAGGCAGGAAAUGGUCCGAAGAAGCAGAGGACAGCUAGAGAGAAGUCCUUCUGGGAGCGCAUUUGGAAGUCAAGAAAAUUUGAGAUGGAGAAAGGAUAUGACUCACUGGCGUCAAAACACAGAAAAGCUUGACAAAAGCCACAAACCAGCCAGAUCAAGGGCAGAGAUAGAACAUGAGGCACUUAUUGAUGGAAAUCUUGCAACGGAAGCAAAUCUGAUUAUUUUGGAUACAUUAGAGAUAGUUGUCCAGACCGUUUCUGUGACGGAGUCCAAAGAAAGUAUCCUCGGCGGGGUGCUGAAAGUGCUUCUGCACAGCAUGGCCUGUAACCAAAGUGCACUUUAUCUUCAACACUGCUUCGCUACACAGAGGGCUUUGGUUUCAAAGUUCCCUGAGCUGCUGUUUGAAGAAGAGACUGAGCAGUGUGCAGAUCUGUGCCUGAGGCUCCUGAGACACUGUAGCAGCAGUAUCAGCACAAUACGGUCACAUGCAAGUGCUUCUCUUUACCUUCUGAUGAGGCAAAACUUUGAGAUCGGGAACGUCCAGGAUCUUGUGUUCAACCUCCAUAUGAUCCUUUCUGACACAGUUAAAAUGAAGGAACACCAGGAAGAUCCAGAAAUGCUGAUUGACCUUAUGUACAGAAUUGCAAAGGGCUAUCAGAAUUCCCCUGACCUGCGCCUGACCUGGUUACAGAACAUGGCUGGGAAGCACUCGGAGAGAAGCAAUCACGCUGAAUCGGCCCAGUGCUUGGUCCACUCGGCAGCCUUGGUGGCCGAAUAUCUAAGCAUGCUUGAAGACAGGAAAUACCUCCCCGUAGGGUGUGUUACAUUUCAGAACAUAUCUUCUAAUGUUCUGGAAGAGUCAGCAGUUUCUGAUGAUGUCGUAUCACCAGAUGAAGAGGGUAUCUGUUCUGGGAAGUACUUUACAGAAGCUGGUCUGGUGGGAUUGCUGGAACAGGCUGCAGCGUCUUUCUCAAUGGCUGGCAUGUAUGAAGCAGUUAAUGAGGUUUACAAAGUCCUUAUUCCUAUUCAUGAAGCUAACAGAGAUGCCAAGAAGCUAUCUACUAUUCAUGGUAAACUCCAAGAAGCAUUCAGCAAAAUUGUUCAUCAGAGUACUGGCUGGGAGAGGAUGUUUGGCACCUAUUUCCGGGUUGGGUUUUAUGGAACUAAAUUUGGAGACCUGGAUGAGCAAGAAUUUGUUUACAAGGAACCUGCAAUAACAAAGUUAGCUGAAAUUUCCCACAGGCUCGAGGGAUUUUAUGGAGAACGGUUUGGUGAAGAUGUACUUGAAGUGAUUAAGGACUCGAACCCUGUGGACAAAUGUAAACUAGAUCCUAACAAGGCCUACAUUCAGAUAACCUACGUGGAGCCGUACUUCGACACGUAUGAGAUGAAGGACAGGAUAACUUACUUCGACAAAAACUACAAUUUGCGGCGGUUCAUGUAUUGCACCCCCUUCACGCUGGACGGCCGCGCUCACGGGGAGCUGCACGAGCAGUUCAAGCGCAAAACGAUCCUGACCACGUCCCACGCUUUCCCUUACAUUAAAACCAGGAUAAAUGUCAUUCACAAAGAGGAGAUCAUUUUGACACCCAUUGAAGUUGCCAUAGAGGACAUGCAGAAGAAAACACAGGAAUUGGCUUUUGCAACUCACCAAGACCCUGCAGAUCCAAAGAUGCUGCAGAUGGUGCUGCAAGGAUCAGUAGGUACCACAGUAAACCAGGGACCAUUAGAAGUUGCUCAAGUUUUCUUGUCUGAAAUACCCAAUGAUCCAAAGCUCUUCAGACAUCAUAACAAACUGCGGCUCUGUUUCAAAGACUUCACCAAAAGAUGUGAAGAUGCUCUACGCAAGAAUAAGAGCCUGAUUGGUCCAGACCAAAAGGAGUAUCAGCGAGAACUCGAAAGGAAUUAUCACCGGUUAAAGGAAGCUCUCCAACCUCUGAUAAAUAGGAAGAUCCCGCAGUUAUAUAAGGCAGUGCUGCCAGUCGCUUGCCACAGGUGGAUAUUUGAUUUUACUCCUUCAGCAGAGAUAAAGAGGGUGUAAAAUUGAU